GGAAAUUACCCAGAGGGAAGGGGGGUGUGCAGACUGACCGGAAGUGGGCCCAGACGGGCGCUGCCAGCGCUAGCUCCCGGGAGCCGCUCGAGACGAGCGUGAGGAGGGCGGGACACGGGGCGGGGCCGCUGCAGGGGCGGGGCUUGCAGGCGGGCGGGGGGCGGGAACCCCUUGUCCCCGCCGGACCCCGCCGGACCCCGCCUGCCCCGGCGGCGGCGGCGGCGGCGGCGGCGCGGCCAUGAAGCUGAAGCUGAAGAACGUGUUCCUCGCCUACUUCCUGGUGUCGAUCGCCGGCCUACUCUACGCGCUGGUGCAGCUCGGCCAGCCAUGUGACUGCCUCCCUCCCCUGCGGGCAGCAGCAGAGCAGCUUCGGCAGAAGGAUCUGAGGAUUUCCCAGCUGCAAGCCGAUCUCCGUCGCCCACCCCCUGCCCCUGCCCAGCCCCCUGAACCUGAGGCUCUGCCUACUAUCUAUGUUGUUACCCCCACCUAUGCCAGGUUGGUGCAGAAGGCGGAGCUGGUGCGGCUGUCCCAGACCCUGAGCCUGGUGCCCCGGCUGCACUGGCUGCUGGUGGAGGAUGCUGAGGGCCCCACCCCAUUGGUCUCGGGACUGCUGGCUGCCUCUGGCCUCCUCUUCACACACCUGGCGGUCCUUACCCCCAAGGCCCAGCGUCUCCGGGAGGGCGAGCCAGGCUGGGUUCGGCCCCGAGGUGUAGAGCAACGGAACAGGGCCCUGGACUGGCUCCGGAGCGGAGGGGGUGCUGUUGGGGGAGAGAAGGACCCACCCCCACCAGGUACCCGGGGAGUCGUGUACUUUGCUGACGAUGACAACACCUACAGCCGGGAACUCUUUGAGGAGAUGCGCUGGACCCGUGGUGUCUCAGUGUGGCCUGUGGGGCUAGUGGGCGGCCUUCGAUUCGAGGGGCCUCGCGUACAGGAUGGCCGGGUUGUUGGUUUCCACACGGCCUGGGAGCCCAACAGGCCCUUCCCAGUGGAUAUGGCGGGAUUUGCUGUCGCCCUGUCUUUGCUGUUGGCUAAACCCAAUGCCCGGUUUGAUGCUACCGCUCCUCGGGGCCAUCUGGAGAGCAGUCUCCUGAGCCACCUUGUAGAUCCCAAGGACCUGGAGCCACGGGCUGCCAACUGCACUCGGGUUCUGGUGUGGCACACACGGACGGAGAAGCCCAAGAUGAAGCAGGAGGAGCAGCUGCAGCGGCAGGGCCGCGGCUCAGACCCAGCUGUCGAGGUGUGAUGGUGGCCUUACCCUGCCCACCAGCUCACCAGGCACAGAGCUGUGGGACUGUGCCCCUGGCCCGCCCAGGAUGUGGUUUUCCAAGUCCUGACCCCUCAGAGCCAGGAGCGGCCCCUCCACCCCUUCAGCCCCUCCCCUGGCCUGCCAUGUGGCACUGCCCACAGGCUAGGGACAAACAGCCCUCCUAUUGAGCCAGACUGGCCCUGUCUGGGGUAGAGCAGAAAACAGACAGACUCAGGAGGGAGGGCAGCUGAGUCACUGGGUAACUUAUUGGGGCUGGGCAUGCACUAGGGGGGCUGGAGGAGCUGGGCUGGACCCUCCCCACCUGAGCAUGCUGACCCCACCCCCUCCUACCUCCAGAAUAAAAACUCAACCUGGCGGGGCCUCUGUGUUCCUUCA